UAUAAUUGACUUACCGGAGUUGUUAUAAUAUGUAUCUUUCCUGAACUAUCACAUGGUUCUUAUUCGAAUUCCUACUUGUUCGGUAGCUUUGAAAUCAAUUCUCUGGAUGAACACACUGGAACUUGAACUCGCGCACCAUAUGCAAAUAAUGAUAAAUAUACUGCUUCUGCCGAAAGAUGCGGUCUGUUUUAAUGCAAGUGGAGGACACAAUGCAUCGUAAAGUUGAACAUUGUCAGGAAUUAUUGGUAUGUCCCCACUUCGAGACAGUUCCUGGCAAUUGUACUAAUUCGUGGGAAUGUUUAGUAUGGCGAGCUGGUGGAGAUCUGCAUGCAAAACAUAAAAGUGGCGUGGAUGAAGUUGAAGUAUUUCCGAAGAAGCCAUCCUACACCACUGUACUCUGGGAGAACCGCAAUCACAACAACUUUGUUCAUUUCCGCCGAAAGAAGCACUUCGACUUGCGUCGCACACGUAAACGUGACCCCAACCAAAUAGAUUCGAUUGUGGUCUUCUUAUACACAUUUACAAUCCAGGAGUAGCCGUGAUAAUUGAAUGAAGCCUUUCAUUGAUACAUACCUAACCUAUUCUGAAAGACAAGUGUACAGAGAUUCAUGAUAGGUAUACCUAUAUCUGGAGCCUGUGGAAACUGCAUGCAUUCACGUGGAUUAAAUUCUCAAAGUGCUCCACAUUGCUCAUCAUGGCUGUGAGACCUGAGAGUAUAGGUAGGAUUAUAAAAAGAUUGGAUUCUGUUGGAGAUUCGGUUGAAAGUAAAUGAUCACAGGAUGGGAAAUUUACAACAAGUCGGUGAUCAAUUAAACCGAUUACAACAGCUAUGAUGACAACUCUUUCAGAAAGUUGUAGUUAGUACUUUUUUUUUCUAUGGGCUAAACCGAUCCAACCAUUGAAUAGGUUCAUCCCUAUAGUAUUAUACAUUUAUAACAGAAGAAGAUGAAACAAACGGAUUGCCAUUGAAAAGAGAGGCGGCUAAGCCAUUAAAAACAUUUCGUAGAUAAGUUUAUCUAAACUUCAUCAUUGGGCUACAGAAUGUGCAAAGAUCAUCAGAACUUGAUUUUAUUUUAAGACGACGACAACGAUGACGACGACGCACGGAAACCUAUACGAGGACCCUCAUUCGAAGAUGUUAGUUGGAUGAUUAUACGGGUCGGGUUUGGGUAUUAGAAACCGCAAAAGAAGCUGCAAAUAUAUAAAGGUACAACAGAUAGAUACAUAUAACAAGUAGCCACAAAGUCCGCGUGCGAGAGUGGUUUGGGUUAACUCAUCUUCCAGAACUUGGUGUUUUGCUGCGAAAUGCAAGUGGAAAAAGAAGACAUUGAUAUCUAUUCACUAGAAAUUAUAGGGAUGUGGUGAUAGCCCCCCAUCAUCAAUGUGAAAUCGUGUCGUUAAGAAGAGUGAUAUCUGUAACGUGUGGCUCAUUGCCAUUGCGGAUUGCAUCCAUACUAGAAAGAUCUACAAUGCAGAAAUGGGCGUUUAAAGAGUUUUUGAAAAUGCACAUAAAAACCUUUUAU